UUUGUGCCACCUCCUCUGCUGAAACAUUAUGUCAAUAAAAUUCAGAAAUACAAGGACAAUUAUGUUUCAUUUGAUGGCCUCACUACACACAAAUUUCCUUACCAGGAGGCUGGUCAGCCAACCAAGCUUCCAAAACUACCAGAUAAAGCUAGGCCCUGUCUUCCCUUCUCCACUACAACUGAAUUUCAGGAAAAACACAAAGCUUGACUACAGCCUCCUGUAUUCACCAGAAAACCUGAUGCAUAUCUUCCUCCUUUGGAGAAAAUGGACCUUCACACCAUUAAUUGGACAAAUUGGAAGCAUCCAAAUGAAAAGCCAGCCAAGAUGUAUCAAGCUUUGGCCCGGCUUAAUAAAAUUACUGAACAAUUUAAUAACACUUCUACAGUGAAGGAAGACUAUAAGCCUUGACUAUGAAAUAGACUAAAACCUAUCACUCAUGAUCCGACUUUCCCAGCAAAACCAGUAGAUUGCUUGACUACAUUUUGGACCCAUCAUUGGCCUCAUUCACUAGUUACGUAAACCUUUAAACCUGUCUGGUCAGGCCUGAAACAUGCCACUGUCCUAGAUGCUAAAACAACCUACACAUCCAGAUACACACCAAAGGGCAUUGUUAGAUGCCUGGCCCCUUACAAAGACCCACCCCAAUUAGCAUUUGAGAAAACUGAUGCUGACAGCUUGAUUUUGUUUGUAACCUUCUUUUAA